UCAUAAUUAAGCAGUCCUUUUUUUUGCAUGUACCUUGGUAUUAUUUAUAGAAACUUAGAGUGCCACAUAAAUCAGAAAUUAGUUCAUAACUUUGUGCCUAAAUCACUGAUUCAACAAGACCAAGGUAAUGAAUGAAUGUGAUUUAAUUUUCUAAAGCACAGACAUUCUGCUUGUCAUUACACACACACACACACAGAGAGUCUCAGUGUGCAGCAUAAUAAGAGUCACAAGUGCUGAAGCUGCUCAAACUGAGCAAUUGUCCUUCCAGUUUCAGACCAGCAUGCAUCAGUCCAUCCCGACCGGAGAGAAGUGAAGCAGCAGGAGGAAAUAUGCAUGUUUUGGGUCUGUUUAUGGUGACAUCUGUGUUCAUCAGCACUGGAUCUGCUUCAGAUGAUCAGAUGGAGCUAGCAGCUUUACUGCGCAGCGUCUCUUCAGCAGCACUGAUCACCGGCCCACAGAUUGCUGCUGCCGGCCCCAAGCUGCUGACUAAAGACGGGCUCAUCCAGGGCCUGACGCUGGACAAGUCUUAUGUGUUUUAUGGGAUCCCGUUUGCCGAUCCUCCUGUGGCGGCGUCCCGCUGGAAACCGCCCCGUCCUGUCACGCCAUGGAGCGGGGUGUAUGAUGCCACCUAUCCCCGAGCGGCGUGCAUGCAAGCCUGCAUUGGACCCAUUGCUGAUGAGUGUCUCAAGAAGGUGAGUGAGGACUGUCUGUACCUGAACGUCUUCGUUCCUCUGAGCGUGAAUCUGGCAGCUCCACUGCUGAAGCCGCUGCCGGUGAUGCUGUGGAUCCACGGCGGGGAUUUUAUCGCAGGCUCUGCUUCCAAACAGCUCUACGACGGCCGUUACAUCAGCAACUUCACGCAGACGCUGGUCGUGAGCGUCGCCUACCGCCUGGGUGCAUUUGGCUUUCUAGUGUCAGGAAAAGACCCGCGGACUUCUGCCGCAGGGAAUUAUGGGAUUCUGGAUCAGCAGGCGGCGCUGCUCUGGGUCCAGCAGAACAUCGCGGUGUUUGGAGGAGACCCGAGCAGGGUGACUCUGUUCGGCGAGAGCGCCGGCGCUCAGUCAGUCAGUCUUCAUCUGAUGAUCCAGAGCAGUAAACCGCUCUUCAGACAGGCCGUCUUCCAGAGUUUACCCUUCUCCAUUCCUCUGAAAACACGGCACGAGUCUCUGAAGCUCGGGAAGAACUUCGCUAAAUCAGCAAACUGCUCACUUCUGGACCUGAUGUGUCUUCAGUCUCUGAGUCCUCAGGAGGUGCUGAACGCACAGAUCAAAUCCAGCUCAAAGGUGGUGAACCCCUUCCGCUUUCUGGAGCAGUUUGAGAGCUGGGGGCCGUAUGUGGACGGAGAGCUGAUCAGAGAGCAGGCGGUCAGUGCCUUCCUGAAGGGACACUGGCAGAAGGACAAGCCCGUGCUGCUCGGUACGGUUUCAUCCAGUCUCACCGUCAGCAUAAAACCAAACAACAAGUACACACUAGUGUACAGCGUUCAUGACGUGUCAGCGGUCGAGUGCACCAUCUACACCACGGCCAUCUUCAAACAACACGCCAUCAAAAUCCUGCGCAAAAACCACUCAUUCCUCAUGAACACUCUAACAGGAUACAAAAUCCUGCGCAAAUACCUGCCGCUGUACAGCGAUGCAGACCGCAGGGACAUGCUGGCACAGAUUGUGACUGACUACAUCUUCCUGUGUCCGUCGCGGAGGUCGGCUCGCGCCGGCGUGGCGUCUGGGAGCUCGGUGUGGAUGUAUGUGGAUCCUGGCGUGUGGUCGCCUGGCGUGUGGUCGGCAGGUCUGACGUUACGUGUGUCACGGCGCAGAGCUGCCGCACAUCUUCCACUCGUCUCCGACUCGCGAACCCCAGCAUCAAACCUCAGCAUCACUCCCUCCUAUCCACUGCUGUCCAAUCGGAUGCUGUGUUACUGGGGAGCGUUCGCUCACACCGGCGACCCUGGAUCUCACUCCGAAUCAAGUGCGUUCUGCCGACAGCAGCGUCCGCCGGCGUGGCCGCGCUACACGGCUAACAGCGGCUGGCUGAACAUGAACCUCACACUGCAUUCACACGCGCAGACCGGAUCGCGCGAAGACAUCUGCGACUUCUGGGACACGCUGGGAAUCUAUCCAUAGAAAAAAGAAAAAAAUUCAGGGAAAAUUCUCU